AUGUCGUCCGACUCUCAGCCUCAACCUCGCAAUCCCAAGACCCCCCGCAAAAUCCUCUUAAUCAACGGACCGAACCUCAAUCUCCUCGGCCACCGCGAACCACAUCUCUACGGCUCGACGACGCUGGCGCAGGUGGUCGACAAGACGGUGCAGCGGGGGAACGAGCUCGGCGUCACGGUCGUGCCGUUCCAGUCGAACCACGAGGGGGCGAUUGUGGAUUUUUUGCAUGAGCAUUUCGUGGGGGGGAUAUCAACAGCAACAACAAUACCAACAUCAACGGCAAUACCAACAGCGAUAGCAACAUCAAUACCAACAUCAACAGCAAUACCAACAUCAACAUCAAUCCCAACACCAACAUCAAUCCCAGCAGCAACAUCAAUACCAACAGCAAUACCAACUGCAACAUCAACAACAAUACCAACUGACCCAACGCACCCAAAGUCUUCCACGACCAAUUCCACUUCCACGGGCGAUUCUACUUCCACGACCAAUUCCCCUACCACAACCAACUCCCCCUCCACAGCCAAUUCCAAACCCAAAAUCGCCGUCAUCAUCAACCCCGCCGCCUACACACACACCUCCGUAGCCAUCCGCGACGCCCUGUUGGGCACGAAUUUCCCUUUCGUCGAAGUCCAUAUUUCCAACGUGCACGCCCGCGAACCCUGGCGCCACCACAGCUAUUUCAGCGACAAGGCGGUCGGCGUGGUCGUCGGUCUGGGUGUCUUUGGGUAUCAGGCGGCAUUGCAGUUUUGUGUCCAAAAGUGGGAUGAGGAGGGGGAGGGGGGGGAUGGCCUAUAA